CUAUCAUUUUGUCUGCCUUGAACGUUAGCCUACCCAGGUGCUAUAUAAUGUGUACAUGAGAACUAGCUCACUUAUUGUACACUUUAGGUAAAAUAGGUAUAAUACUAAGUCUAAAACUGUACUUUGCCGAUUAACAUACAUACAUAUGAAGAACUAUACUUAUUACAUAUAUUACAAUACAAUACAAAUACCAAUACAAAGGAUCCUACAAAAACGUCAUUUAAUUAUUUUUAAGGAUGUGUUUUCAUUUUGGCAUUGCAGCUUUUGCUAAAGUAAAGACAUUGAAUCGUUUUUUUUCACCACUGUGGCAAAUUAAUAAACACACUCAUCCACUGUGUGCGUUCGUUGCCCUCACGGUGGAUGAAUUGUGCCACCUGGUGGCCUCAGGGCUCACGUAGUCCAAAUCUGCCGAUCACGCAAAACAAAACUCCUUCCCUCCUAGAAAACAGCCAUUGACUUCUCUACAAUGAUGCUUAUCAGUUUCAACUGCUUUGUUCUCUAAAGUGGCAUAUUUUUCGGUUUAAAUACGCUAAAUAAUGUCCUCAGUUUACAAAAGUUUUCUUGUGUCAAUCAGUGGAACAUAACAUGUGGUGACACAUAACCAGCAGAUUAACUGGCACAACAAACAAACAAAUUAUUGGCGGAACAUCAAUAUUAAUUUCUUUGAUUUUUUGUUCAUGAAUAGAAAAAGCCCAUUUUUAAAACGGCUAUCUUUGCCCAAUAGACUUGACUUUUCCCAAUGAAAAUGUACACAAGUGUGACUCUCAGAAAGUGCGAAAUGACACAAGGUGUACAAAGGAAACGUAAUCCACUGAGAUUACACCCUUCCCUAAUUUACAAGGGUUAUAUUCUUAUAAAUUCUUGUUCAAAUGUAACUAUUAUGUAAUUAUGCAUGCUUUGCAUAAUGUCCUUAUGCGAGCAAUGGACAGACAAACGACCUGAGCAGAUCCCCAUUUUACCACAUAUCAGCGUUUUUUGUGUGUAUUGUUUACUAUUUUACACACAAACAACAGUGGGCUCGACAUUCUUUUUCUAGAAGCUUCUAGGUUCCUCUGGUCCAGAAUCUGCAGCUGUCCACCCCCCAGCCCCCUGUCUCCACACACGCCUUAAACCCCCCUCACUUUGUGCUGGUCAGUUCUCAGCUGUCUGUGCCCUAAAUAGACAUUAUCAGGAGCAGACCAUCUUUGAGGUAGUCACUCUGACAGAUGUCCUAAAAUAUAAAAUACGUUUUAUUCAUAAAGCCUUGGAUAAGUCAAAGACACUGUUGGAAUUUUUUUGGAAAUACUAAUCACAGUCUAUAAUGACCACCGGUAAUAAGUUGCAUACUGGGGUUUUUAAGGUGCUUGCAGUAAACCCCUUUGUGCGAUGGAUGGUCUACCUCAGCCUGGUCCCACCUCAUUGUGAUGCACUAUAAAUAUAAAAAUGGUUUUGGUGGGGGGAUGCUACAUGAGACAGAAAAAGUUUGUUGCAACUAUUAGGGACGAGAGGUCCGGACCGUCUACACAGAGCAAGAGAGACAACGCACAAUCCUGAAGAUGGAAGACUUGAUGAAGUUAAAGGAUGAGGGAAACAAAUACUUCCAGUCAGGAGAUACUGACAAAGCUAUUGAGUGCUACAGUAAAGUCAUAAAGACCUGCAAGGACAACAAAGUGCUUGCUGUCAUCUACAGGAACCGAUCUGCCUGCUACCUAAAAAAGGAAAACUAUGCCAAUGCAGCAUCUGAUGCAUCCAAAGCAAUUGAUGUCGAUGCAGCAGACAUUAAAGCCUUAUACCGACGUUGCCAAGCUCUUGAGAAACUAGGAAAACUGGACAUGGCUUUCAAAGAUGUGCAGAGAUGUGCCACCAUUGAACCCAAGAAUAAAACCUUCCUGGAGACACUUCGCAGACUGGGAGCAGAAAUCCAGCAGAAGCUUAAGACUACAUUCUCCACAGAUUCGAGGGUACAAAACAUGUUUGACAUCCUCCUUGAUGACGAAAUGGAAAAGGACAAGAGGGAAAAAGCUGCCAACAAUCUGAUUGUGCUGUCGAGAGAGGAUGCCGGAGCAGAGAGAAUAUUCCAGAAUAAUGGAGUGCCUCUGCUGCUCAACAUGAUAGAGACAGGCAAACCAGAGAUGAUUCUGGCUGCUGUUCGCACCCUGUCAGGGAUGUGCACAGGACACAAAGCUCGGGCCAUGGCCAUUAUUCACAUGGUCGGCGUUGAUAAGAUGUGCAGCAUCAUGGCUGUGGACAAUGAGGAGAUUGCACUUGCAACCUGCAAUCUCUUCCAGUGCAUCAACGACUCCCUCACUGGUGGAGAUAAAAGGGAAUAUGGAAAAGAAGAGGCUUUGGUUUUAGAUGCAGCCAAAGACCUGAAAACCAUUCUCCUCUCUCUGUUGGAGAUGGUUGGAAGUAAGAAGGUGUCCGGCAAUGGCAGAGACCAGGCACUGAACCUUCUGAGCAAAAAUGUUCCGCGCAACAACAAAAAAGACAAAGAUAACUCCAAGACCCUCUUCACUAUCGACCACGGUCUGAAGAAGAUCCUCAAAGUGUGUGGUCAGGUUCCCGAACUGCCGGACCAGCUCCCCUUGACAGAGAACACACAGCUGAUUGCCAGUGUGCUACUGAACAAACUCUACGACGACCUCUCGUGUGACCCAGAGAGAGACAACUUCAGGGACAUUUGUGAUGAAUAUAUCAAAUCCAAAAUCGACCCCAACGACAUGGACAAAACCAUUCAUGCUGUCAACACCAUCUCGGGGCUUCUUCAGGGUCCCUUUGACGUUGGCAACGCCCUGGUUGGACGGCAGGGCAUAAUGGAGAUGAUGGUAGCCCUGUGUGGCUCCGAGCGGGAGGUGGACCAGAUGGUUGCUAUAGAGGCGCUGAUCCAUUCCUCCUCCAAGAUGAGCCGCGCCUCAUUUAUCAUCACCAACGGUGUUUCACUCCUAAAGGACAUCUACAAGAAGACCACUAAUGAGAAGAUUAAAAUACGUUCGUUGGUGGGUCUCUGUAAACUGGGCUCAGCUGGAGGUGAUGAUUAUGGUUUGCGGCAGUUCGCUGAGGGCUCCACAGAGAAGCUGGCCAAGCAAUGCAGAAAGUGGCUCUGUAAUCCCAAGAUUGACACAAAAACAAGGAAGUGGGCUAUCGAGGGUCUUGCUUAUCUGACUAACGAUGCUGAUGUGAAAGAUGACUUUGUUGAAGAUGAGACUGCCCUGAAAGCCAUGUUUGAGCUGGCCAAGUCUACGGACAAGACAAUCAUGUAUUCAGUAGCUUGCACCUUGGUCAACUGCAGCAACUGCUACGAAAAGAAGGAAUUCCUACCUGAGCUGGUUCAACUUGCAAAGUUUUCAAAGCAACAUGUACCUGAGCAACACCCCAAGGAUAAGAAGGACUUUAUUGAUAAGAGAGUCAAAAGGCUGCUGAAGGCUGGAGUCAUUUCAGCUCUAGCUGUUAUGGUCAAAGCGGACAGCUCCAUCCUGACGAACCAGACCAAAGAAAUGCUGUCAAGAGUUUUCUUGGCGUUGUCGAUGGAUGCUAAAGAUCGUGGUACUAUUGUAGCCCAAGGUGGGGGGAAGGCUUUGAUACCACUUGCCCUGGAGGGGACAGAAGCGGGCAAGACGAAGGCCAGCCACGCCCUUGCCAAGAUUGCAGCUAUCUCAAACCCAGAGAUCGCUUUCCCUGGUGAGAGGGUGUACGAGGUGGUACGUCCUUUAAUUAGCCUCCUGCAAACAGACAAAGAUGGAACUGAGAACUAUGAAGCUCUCAAAGGCCUCACUAACUUUGCUGGUUUCAGUGACAAACUAAGAGUAAAGAUUGUAAAAGAGAAAGCUCUGCCAGAGAUUGAGAACUACAUGUUUGAAGACCACGAGCAGAUCAGACAGGCUGCCACUGAAUGCAUGUGCAACCUUGUUUCAUGUAAAGAGGUCCAAGACCGUUACCUGGAAGACGGCAAUGAUAAGCUAAAGCUGAUGGUACUGCUCUGUGGCGAGGAUGACGAAAAACUUCAGAUAGCUGCAGCUGGAGCUCUUGCCAUGCUCACUGGUGCUCAGAAGAAGCUCUGCCUCAAAAUGACCCUGGUGACCACCCAAUGGCUGGAGAUCCUGCAGAGGUUGUGUCUCCAUACCAACAGUUCUAUACAGCAUCGUGGCCUUGUGAUUGUCUACAACAUGCUCAACUCAGACAACAGUGAGCUGGCUAAGAAGUUGAUGGAGAGUGAGCUGCUGGAAAUCCUCUCAGUGAUUGGCAAGGCGGAGGACAAUCCCAAGAGGCAGGGUGCCAUCGAUGCCGCACGUGAAUGCCUGAUCAAAGCUAUGGAUCUUGGUCUCAUCAAACCAUUCUCCAGCCCUCCUUAAAAUGUCGGCAACAAUACAAACAACAACCAUGGACAAUCUUCUUUAUUUCCUUUUUUCCUAAAUGUUUUACCCGAAUCAAAAAUAUGGGUCCCUGGUAGCUCACCUGGUAGAGCGUGUAGGCUCAAUCCUGUUGCAUGAGUUCACAUCUGACCUGUGUGUGCACAGCAAAAGACCACACCUUGGUGUGCACACCUCUAUCUUUGGCUGCACUGUAGAUGAUGAUAUUAAAAAUAAAAAAAACAAUAGGGAA